AUGUCGAAGCCCAACCACCGGGCCAGGCUUGCCGAGCUCCGUGCUCUUCGCCAGUCUGGCAAGAAGGCCUUUGACACCUACCAGGUCGACGAGGUCUCCAAUCUCUACGACGAGGUUGACGAGGCCGGCUACAAGAAGAUUGUUCGUGACCGACUCGAAGAAGAUGACUUCGUUGUCGAUGACAACGGUGAGGGCUACGCCGACGACGGCCGCGAGGAGUGGGAUCGCAUCCAGACCUACGAAGACGACAGUGAGGAAGACGACAGAGUCGUCCGUGGUCGACCAAGCAAAGCCGCCAAGAAGAACCGUCAGGACGACCAGGAGAAACGAGAUGCCAACGACAGAGAUAUCAGCGAGUACUUCACCAAGGGUGCUGGCAAGGCACAGUCCAAGCCCAAGGUAGUAAAGACGAAAGCCGACGAAGACUUCCUUGCCGACCUGCUCGGUGAGGUUGACACCAACAUCCCCGCCCCUGCCCCUCGCAUAUCAAAAAUCGAGAGAUCUGGUGAGCGUCGCAAGUUCAGGGAUCUAUCGCCUGCUCCUGAGCCCACUUCGAAGAAGAAGAAGUUUCUCGAUACGCGAUUGCCAUCUCCUCUCCCAGCAACCAUGGACAGCGAUGACGGCUUUAUCCCCCCCCUCGAUGACGAGCCCCUCGACGUCCCUAUGAGCGAUCCGGCUCCCUCCUCCCCAGCCGCCAAGGUUGCUCAACGGAAACGCCUAAUAAAACAAGAACCCCAAGACGACGAGGAUGAGGAUAUGAUGGAGGUAGCCCAUGCCGGUGCCAUCAACACAGCCAGCGUCAACAUGACAAGCUCUCGGCCAAUCAAGAGACUCAUCAAGAGGGAAAUUGAUCCCGCUCCCCCCAGCUCCUCCCCAGUCAAGCCCCCCGGCGCUGCUGUAGACCCAUCCUCUUGGAAUGCACUCACUGAGAGGCUCAACGUUGUCUCUAGUUCGCCAACAGAGACCCGAGGUAUCGGCAAGAUUGACCAUGCAGACGCCGUCGAGGAGGACGGAAGCCUCAACUUUUUCUGGACCGACUAUCUAGAGAUCAACGGCAGCCUGUGCUUGUUCGGCAAGGUCCUCAACAAGAAAACAAGGUCCUAUGUCAGCUGCUUUGUCAAGGUCGACAACAUCCUGAGGAAGUUAUUCUUCCUGCCACGCCAGAACCGAGUGCGACAUGGCGAAGACAUGGGGGAAGAGGUUGAGAUGAUGAACGUCUACGAUGAGAUCGACGAGAUGAUGACCAAGAUGAAGGUGGGCAUGUACAAAAUCAAGGCCUGCACGCGAAAGUAUGCCUUUGAACUGCCAGGUGUCCCCAAGGAAGCGCAAUACAUGAAGCUUCUCUAUCCAUACACGAAGCCACAACUCGAUGCAGACGCCCCUGGAGAGACAUAUUCCCAUGUCUUUGGUACUAACACGGCCCUAUUCGAGCAGUUUGUCCUCUGGAAAAACAUCAUGGGCCCCUGCUGGCUCAAGAUCCAGGAUGCAGACUUUGGCAGCAUCAAAAACGCAUCCCAUUGCAAGCUCGAGGUGCUGGCUGACCACCCCAACAUGAUCUCUACCUUGCCCGACUCCGAAAACAUCGACGCUCCUCCUUUGACUCUCAUGAGUGUCGCCUUGCGAACCGCUUUCAGCGCAAAGGAUAACAAGCAGGAGAUUCUAGCCAUUAGUGCCAGAAUAUACGAAAAGGUAUCGCUCACCGAUACAACUCCUGCGGAGAAGCUGCCUUCCCGAAGCUUCACGGUCAUUCGACCACACGGGCAAGGCUUCCCCUUGGGAUUUGACCAACUUGUAAGGCAACGAAAGAACCGAGGUCUUCUAGUCUUAAAGAAGCAAGAGUCAGAUAUCUUGACUUUCUUUUUGGCUCAAGUAGACGUUGCCGAUCCAGAUGUCAUUCUCGGCCACCAACUGGAGGGUGUUGAUUACAGUGUUCUUCUAAACCGACUACACGAGAAAAAGAUUCACCAGUGGUCGCGACUUGGUAGAAUGCGAAGGAGCCAAUGGCCAGCUUCCAUCGGCAAGAUGGGCGGGAAUGUCUUUGCUGAGCGUCAGGUUAUUGCUGGCCGUCUGCUCUGCGAUCUUGCUAACGAGGCUGGAAAGUCGGUCAUGUUCAAGUGCCAGUCUUGGAGCUUGACCGAAAUGUGCAGCCUCUACCUCGCUGGAGACAACCGCCGUCGUGAGAUUGAUAAUGAGGCCGCAUUGGCCAGCUGGGCCAAGGAAAAGCAGGGUUUCAUGGACUAUGUCACUCACAUGGAAGCCGAUACUCAUUACAUUGCUGCGCUGGCCUUGAGUGUUCAGAUGCUACCCCUUACCAAGGUCUUGACGAAUCUGGCUGGCAACUCCUGGGCCAGAACUCUCACGGGAACCCGGGCUGAGCGAAAUGAGUACAUUUUGUUGCACGACUUCCACCGCCACAAGUACAUCUGCCCUGAUAAGCAGACAUUCCGUGGUCGCCAGAAGGUCGAGGAGGAACAACGUGAAGGUGAGGUGGCGGACGGCAAAAAGAAGGACAAGUACAAGGGUGGUCUCGUCUUCGAGCCAGAGAAAGGUCUGUAUGACAAGUUUGUGCUUGUCAUGGACUUCAACUCUCUCUACCCGUCCAUCAUCCAGGAGUUCAACAUCUGCUUCACCACGGUGGAUAGAACUAGCUUGACCGAGGACGAGGAUGCGGUUCCUGAGGUCCCUAAGAACCAGGAACAAGGCAUUCUUCCAAAGCUCAUUGCCACGCUUGUCAGCCGACGUCGCCAAGUCAAGAGUCUGAUGAAGGAUAAAACUGCUACCCCCGAGGAGCUCGCCACCUGGGAUAUUAAGCAACUGGCCCUGAAGCUCACCGCUAACUCCAUGUACGGAUGCUUGGGCUACACUAAAUCUCGCUUCUACGCUCGCCCUCUAGCCGUACUGACGACCUAUAAAGGUCGUGAGAUUCUCCGCAGCACCAAGGAGCUUGCCGAGAGCAAGUCGCUCCAGGUUAUCUACGGCGACACUGACUCUGUCAUGAUCAACGCGAAUGUAGACAAUGUCUCCGAUGCCCUCAGGGUUGGAAACGAAUUCAAGAAAGCAGUCAAUGAGCAGUAUAGACUGCUGGAGAUUGACAUCGACAACAUCUUCCGCCGCAUCCUCCUUCAGGCGAAGAAGAAGUAUGCCGCCAUCAACCUCGUGGAGAAGGAUGGCAAGUACGUGGAGCAGAUGGAGGUCAAGGGUCUUGACAUGAAGCGUCGUGAGUACUGCGCGCUGUCCAAGGAAAUCUCCAAGCACCUCCUCGACGAGAUUCUUUCUGGAGAUGACACAGAGGUAUCGGUAGCGCGCAUCCACGAAUACCUGCGAGAAAUCGCCGGUAAGAUGCGUGAACAGGCGAUCGCAACUCCCAAGUACAUCAUCUACACGCAGCUCGGAAAGGCACCCAAAGAGUAUCCCAACGCCGACUCGAUGCCCCAGGUCCAGGUGGCGCUUCGUGAGCUGGCUCGCGGCAAGACUGUCCGCAAGGGCGACGUCAUCUCGUACAUCAUCACGGGCGAUGGCACGAGUUCCGAACCAGCUCCCAAGCGAGCCUAUGCUCCUCCAGAUCUGAAGACAGACACGAGCCUGAUCCCUGAUGUGGAGUGGUACAUUGGCAAGCAGAUCUUCCCUCCGGUUGAGCGUCUCUGUGCCAACAUUGUCGGAACAUCGACUUCGCAGUUGGCCGAACAGCUUGGCCUGGAUGUCCGCCGAUACAGUUCAUUCCAAAACCAGCAGAACAGCUCUAGCAACGAUCUGGAGAUCCACCCCCUCGACUCCCAGAUCCCCGACGAAGUCCGCUUCGCCGAGUGCGCUCGCCUCUCACUGCGGUGCCGCAAGUGUAAGGCCAACUCCACCUUUGAGGGCCUCGCUGCAUCUCCCGACGGCGUCUCCGCAUCGGGUGUCCUCUGCAGCGCUUGCGGCGCGACCUUUUCAACCUUGUCCAUUGUGGCUCAGGUCGAGCAUGCCGUUCGCACUGAGACAACCCGCUAUUACGAGGGCUGGUUGAUGUGCGACGACUCCCAGUGUGGAAACCGCACCCGCCAGGUGAGCGUCUACGGCACACGAUGCUUGGGGCCUAAGGGGCUCGCGCGCGACUGUCUCGGCCGCAUGCGCUACGAGUACAAUGAAAAGGCCAUCUACAACCAGCUGCUGUACUUUGCCAGUCUCUGGGACGUUGAUAAGGCGCGAGCCAAGGCGACAUCAGAGUCGGGCGAUGUGUCCCGAGUGGACCGCGAUAAGAUCCUCGCGGUAGCGGAGCAUAACCGCGUGCGGUUCAGCACUGUUAAGGGUGUCGUGGACAAGUACCUCGACAAGUGCGGCCGUCAAUGGGUCGCCAUGGACACGUUGUUCGUCAAGCUGGGAUUCAACAAGCAGUUGGCGUGA